UCUCUGCAGAAAGUUGCCUGUUGCCGAAAAAUAGAUAGAUCGGUGAUUGGCCACAACUCGCAUGCCUUUCUUCUUCCUUCGCCACAAUCGUCCAUGUUGAUUGUUUUCGCUUGGCUUUUGGCGUCGCUGCAUCGGUGCAUCUGCAGAAUAUCUCCAAGCUCACCUUCCGCGGUCACAGGUCACCAAUCCGUGACCUCCCGAGAUACCUGUGCCCCAUCGAUCGUGAAAGAGCGAUCUGUCGCGAAUUCAGCAUCGUGUCAUCGUUCUGUCGUCUGCAAAAUGAAUUCGUCCAAAAAGAUCUUGAUUCCUCGAGGCCGCGGUCGACUUCUAAACCAACAGCCACCGCUCUCGAGCCACUUCGAGACCAACCAACGCACCCUGACUCUGAAUCAGGAGAAUUUUCCAGAACUGCCCAAAAACGAACCGUCUUCUCCAGGUGUUGGUCAGCCUCGCAUGAUGAUGCCAACCUCGGUAGUGACUGCUGUGCCUCCGACAGUCAUGACCCCAGAGUGCUCUCCCAUUUUGAUGGUGGCUGCUCAGCAUGGCAAUGUUCCAGUCAGCACCGCAGUCACAUCUCAGCAGCCUGCUCUGCAAUUCAUGAGCCCCAUCAUUCCUGAGGAACCUGAGCAGCUCAAAGGGCCUGCCACGUGUCAGCCGGACAGCACGGCAAAUGCUUUCCCUUACAUCGGCCAUGCACAUCCCCAGAGCCAGAGAGCAGACAUGAUGCAACAGCAAAAGGACAACCGUCCAAUGCUAUUGAUGGCAAACCAGCCCCCACCUCAGGUUGUUUACCAGCACCAUCAGCCACAGCAUGCACCUCAUCCUCAGUACUACCAGCAGCAGCCCCAGCCGAUGUACACGCAGGCUGUUUACGAAGGUGGCCCGACUCAGUACAGUCAGCCCCGUUACAUCAUGAUUCCGCCGGGCCAACAUCCAUCCGCUGUCAACUACGUCCAGCCUCCCAUGUGGAUGUGUCCUGCGCCGCCCCCACAACACUUUGAUUCGGGCUAUGCUCAAAGAAUGACUCCGCCCGAAGUGCCCAUGGAAAUCGUCCGUCCGCCGAGCUGGAUGAGUGGCGGCACCUGCACCUCUGAAGACAAGGCGGUGGACGCCACCAAGACCCACGAGGACAAAGUGACACAGACCACUCCUCAAAAGGCCACUCCAACCAAGCCGAGGCCACUUCUCAAGACCACGAUGAAAGACGAGGAACAGGCUGCGGCCACUGAGGUUGUGCAGAAGAAAGUGGCCAUCGAGGAUGAUGAUUGGAAGGUGCCCAAUGCCAAGCCAGAGGAAUUGCACGGCUGGGACACUCCCAGUCCUAGUGAGAAAAGGGCCACUUCUCAGAUGGAGAGGAGUUUUGCUUGCCUUGCAGAAGCUAAGAACGGCCGUCUUGAAAACGAGGGGCCUGAGAAAGAACAAGCAAUGAAGGUCGAGCCAAAGGAAGUGGAGCAAGAGCCAGCUUCCAAUGGCGGAAUGGAACAAAGUAGUGGCCAAGAGAAGUAUUUCGGAUUCGACUUCAAAAAGGCCAAUGAAGAAGCUGAAAGUUAUCGGAAUGCCAAGCUUGCGUCCAUGACCAAAAUCAUCAAGGACGUCUACAAGGAGCAUCCCUCAGUUACCAAUUUGACUGAUGAGAAGGUUCUGGAGAUCAGGACUUUGAAGAAUCUCUCUGUUAAUCUGCCAAAGCCUGAGGAACUUUCUCCUCUGCUGCGGCCUGAUACCCCUUCAGUUGAAAAUGACACCCAAAACCAAAAGGCCAUUCCAAAGCCUGUGACUUCAUUCGAACAGGCAUAUGGAGACUACCCUGAGAUCUUGUCGGAGGUGCAGAAGCAGGGAUUUUCUGAGCCCACUCCAAUUCAGAGCCAAAUUUGGCCUUGCAUCAUGAAGGGAAUGGAUGUCGUUGGCAUUGCUCAAACUGGAUCGGGCAAAACUCUUGGCUUCUUGCUGCCUGCCUUCAUUCACAUUGAGACGCAAGUGACUCCGAGGUCGGAGCGGAAAAGCCCAACUGUGCUCAUUUUGGCACCCACGCGCGAACUAGUGCAACAGAUCCACAAGGAAGUGUCCAAGUACAGCUACAAGGGCAUCAAGAGUGUUUGCAUCUAUGGUGGAAAUCCCAAGCAUGAGCAAGUGGCCAUCCUGCGGGAAAACCCAGAGAUUGUGAUUGCCACUCCAGGCCGACUCAAUGACCUUGUUGCUUCAGAUCAGUUGAAUCUAGCAGAGGUUUCGUUUCUGGUCCUCGACGAGGCAGAUGAGAUGCUGAACCAAGGAUUUGAGCCGCAGAUCAACAAGGCUUUGAUUCGUGUUCGUCAUGAUCGACAGACUGUUCUCACUAGCGCCACCUGGCCCCAGUCAGUGCGCCGUAUGGCCAAAAAUUACACCAAAGACCCGAUCUUGGUCAUCGUUGGCACAGUGGAUUUGAGAGCUGUCCAGUCAGUCAAGCAGAAUGUGGUUUUCAAAGAGGAAAACGAGAAAUUCGAAUGGCUUGUCGAUUUCCUGAAGAACAAGAUGACUGACACAGACAAGUUGAUUGUCUUUGUGGGCAAAAAGUCAUUUGCAGACCACCUUUCAAGUGAGCUCGGCCUGAUGCGAUGGCCCUGCGUCUGCAUUCAUGGUGGUUUGCCUCAGUCUGACCGUGACAAGGCCAUUGUGGACAUGAAGUCUGGUGAAAGCAGAGUCCUCAUUGCCUCUGAUGUUGUUGCCCGGGGCAUUGACAUCGAGUGUGUCACCUACAUCAUCAACUAUGAUGUACCAAGGUCCUCCGAGCAGUACAUCCACCGCAUCGGACGGACAGGUCGUGCCGGCAAGACUGGCGAGUCCUUCACCCUGAUUGCCCGUCGAGACUGGGGGUCCGCUCAGCAUCUGGUGGAAAUCAUCUCGAAUGCUGGACAAGAAGUGCCGGCCGAGCUGAUCCAAAUGGCUGAACGCUUCAAGAACAGGACUCCUCGAGGUGGAGGUGGACGGAACUACCACAACAACGGCAACAGGGAAGGUGGUUUCGGAGGAAGACAAGAGGGUGGCUUCUUCGGAGGUGGCUAUGGACGAAGUGACAGCAACUUUGGAGGUAUGCGAAACGAGGGUAGCUUUGGAGGUAGGAAUGAGGGUGGCUAUGGCGGUCGCAAUGGCGGAGGCGGCAGCAGCUAUGGAAGUAGCUUCCAGAGGUCGGCUCCCUACUCGAGCAACUCCUCUGAGAGAGGCCAGCGAGAUUACUCGUCUGACAGAGGUGGCCGAGAUUACUCAAACAGGGGCCAGAACAGAGACUCCUCCUCUGGUGGCGGCUCUCGUAAUUUCUACAACAGAGGAGGCCAGCGUGACAACACAUACAGCCAAUAGGAGGAUCCAACCAAGGCGGAGAACAAUGGUAGAGUAGGACAUUAUUCAGCCCAAGGCUUAAAUACUUGACUCAGAAUUAGUAGUUUGCAUUUCAUUUUCUCAUUUUCUACAAUUUUGUUGUAAAAGUGGCUUCACUAACUUAAUAAUUAAUUAUUUUUCAAAUUGGCAUUAUAUGAAAAAAUUGUAAUAAAAUUGGAUAAUAAAGGUUAAUUUGUAUACGGA